UUCAGUCAGUUUUUUUAAGUGAUAUCAAGAUGAUCUGGGGCCUGUGCUUACUCUGUGUGGCUGCGGGUUUGAGAGCAGUCCAUGCAAGUCCGCUUGCAAAGACCAACAAGGUGGCUGCACCACAGGAAGAAGUCAACGUGCUGAUGUUUGGCGUCAUACAGUUCAGUGAAUCUCUGAAUCAUGUUUACGAAACAACUGAGGCAAAAUUAAAGAAAAUCACCCAGGCACUGAAGAGCCACGAGGGGACUCUGCAAGCACUGGGGAAGGAGACAGAACAGGCUGCCGAGGUGGAGAAGCAGAUGAAAGACGUGAUACAAUCGCUGCAGGCCCAGAUGGCCAAGCAGCAAGCUCACACCAUGAUGACUAAAGACUCGCUGGCCAGUGUGGAGAAGGAGGCGGCGGAGCUACAGACAAAAGUGAGGAGGCUGGAGAUGUUCCUCAACAACGCUGUACCAACUAGCCUCAAAGAGUUGCAGGAGCGAGCAGAGGAGCACUCCAAUGCCUUGAAACAUUUGCAGCAUUUGACCCAGUUCCACAAAGAGAAUAUUGAGGCCCAGAAUGAACAGCUCUGCAAGCUGCAGGAGAUGAGUGAAGCGAUGACAUAGUUUCGCGAUUCGACACUGAGGUCUUUGCAGCUUGGAAUGAGACGGGCCCGCCCAGCUCUCACUGCACUCCCUUCCAUCCCUGCUGUGUAAAACUACACGUAUGAUGUAUGACCAUGAUAGCAGCAUUAUGAUUUAGGUGCUUGUUUUCACAGGAGUUAUCUACAGCAGCCAAACCCAAACUGAAGAAUGUUGUGAAAAUCUUCCGAGGCCCAGCAAACUUUAAAUCAAAGCUCUGAUCAAACACAAAAACUAUAGAUUAGAAGUGAUUUUCAUACAUAUUCUUUAUUCUAUAA